AUGCAGCAGCCGCACCAGCCGCCCGCCAAACAGAUGCCGCUGCCGCUGCAGCACCACCCCAGGGACGCCGCCGUCGUCCUCGCCAACCACGCCGCCAACAACGCCGUCGUCAAGGCCCCGACGCCCUCGCCGGCGUCGCCCGUCGUGACGCAGCAGCAGCAACAACAACACCUGCUACAGCACUUGCACCAGCCGCCGCAGCAGCUGCUCCACCACCACCAGCAGCAGCAGCACCACCACCACCAACAACAACAACAACAGCAGCAGCAGCAGCCUGCCGCCGACAACACCGUCUUCGUCAACUCGUGGCACCCGCACGUGUACGGCAAGCCGCCGAGGACGCCGACGCCGCACCUCAUAUCGGACAUCCUGGGCUGGGGGCGGAGACCGUCGCCGCCGCAGCAGCCGCCGCCGCCGCUGCCGCCCCCGCCGCUCCCGCACCAGCAGCAGCAGCAGCAGGCGGCUACCCAGCUGGCACCGCCGCCACCGGCCGCCACGCACAGGCCGACUCUAGUGGCCCCGACGCCCAUCCGCGCCACGCCAUCCCCGUGCGUGACCGCCAUGCACAACCUGACCCUGCUGCAGCCGCCCCCGCAGCAGCCGUCGCCGGCGCUCUGCAACCCCCUGGCGCCCGUCGCCGCCCCCGCCGACGAGGAGCUCAGCAACGAACCGCUCAACCUGACGACCAAAAGCCGCGACGCGUCGCCCACCUCUUCCGUGGGCUCCAUCCGCACGCUGACGCCGCCCGUGGUGCCGCCGCCCGCCCCGGGGAAGCUCCUCCUGCCCAACCACCGGCUACCGCCUUUCCGCGAGCCUCCGGUCAACGGCGUGGAGGCGGUCGUCACCAUCCCCACGGUCCGCGGACCCCCCGGCGCCGCCGUCAACGGGAGACCCGGCGCCGACGUCGGCGUCGUGACGCCUUCCGUCCCCAAGGGAUCUGCGCACCGUGCCGCCCCCAAAGACGGUUCUGCGCCGACGAAGUCGACUGGAGCGAAACGGAAGAAGGAGGCGAACCCCAGCGGCGGCGCGAGCGGCGCGCUGAGCGACGGCGGCAGCGGCGGCGCGCCCGGCUCCGACAGCGACCGCAAGCGCAAGAAGGCGCGCACCACCUUCACCGGCCGGCAGAUCUUCGAGCUGGAGCGCCAGUUCGAGCAGAAGAAGUACCUCUCCUCCUCCGAGCGCGCCGAGAUGGCCAAGCUGCUCAACGUCACCGAGACACAGGUGCGUGCCGCGCCGCCUUCCCUCUCCCCACGUCUUCCUCGUCCCACUCAAAUGGAGGUCUACCAAAAGUCUUUCCAGCACACCGUCAUGUGGUUUGGGUUGGGUUGUUUGGAGGAAGAGACCAAACUGCGAGGUCAUCGGUCUCAUUGGAUUAGGGAAGGUGAGCGGGUGACAACCGGCUGGGCAGUGUCGCGCAUCGGGCAUGCAAAAACUGCCUGCCUCGCUAAAGAGCAGCCACGUUGUGGCUACAGCCGCACGGUGUUGGACGCUCCCUGGCAGAAGGUGCCUCGUUACCAGUCGUAUUCCUGGGAGCUGCACGGCGCCUGUUGCAAAGGCUCUACUGAUAACAUCUUUGAAGGUCUGUCUGGGAAUUCAGAUCACAGGGACGGCCAGCCGACAGAUAGACACGCACUUCGCGAGUCGCACCUGCUGAAGCCCCGGGAUCUUAUCUGCGGGUAA